UUUCGUGGGAAUUGCAUCCAAGAAAAAAGGAUUAUCGAUCCAGAGAAAACUAGGUAGCAAGGUCACCUAAGCCCCUCUAAAAUACAGUUAGGGUAGUUGAGCCACAAAAUCCCACUUAAUAUAUUAUCCCCUUUUUCUUACAACCUUAAACCAUGCAAUGUAUAAUUAAACCCAAGGCCCUCUCUCCUCUCAUCAUCAUAUUCACAAGCAUCCAUGAUGAAUCUAAUGGCAGUGAUGAUGAUAGCUGCUUCCCUGGUGGCUCCUUAUGCGGCGGCGCAGUCAAACACGAACACAAACGCCAUCUGCACGGGGCCUAUGCUGCGCAGCUUCGGGUCGUGCAUAGGGUUCCUGAGCACAGGGUCGAACGCGUCGUCGCCGACUUCGGCGUGCUGCAACUCGUUGAGAGACCUGAUGAGCAACGGCCAAGAUUGCCUGUGCCUCAUAGUUACAGGAGGUGUACCUUUCCAAGUUCCCAUCAAUCGCUCUUUGGCAAUCUCUCUUCCUAAAGCAUGCAGACAAUCUGGAGUCCCAGUUGAAUGCAAAGCCACAGCCAGUCCCGUUCCAGCUCCAGAACCAAGGAGUUCAACCCCUGGUGCACCAGAUACAAAUCCUGGAUUAUCUCCUCCUUCAAUUCCUCAAGUUCCAUUUAUUCCUCAGCCCUUGACACCGCCGUCAUCUGGGCGCGAUGGCGGCGUGACGCCGCCUCAGACGCCGCAAGGUGGCCUAGUCCCGACGCUUACGCCGCCAGGAAUGCGGCCGACAUUGUCGGCUGCGCAGCCAUCUCCAAUUCUUUUUCCAUCUCUUCUUGUAGCGAUAUUGAUGGCCGUCUUUCAAGUCUACUUUUGUUGAUAUAUAUAUAUAUAUAUAUCUGGUAGUAUGAUUUUUGUGGAUUUUGGAUACCAUUGAUUCAUUAUUUGUAUAAGAAUUUCACGAUGAAGAAUAAUAUAAUAUACUUUAAAUUUUGUUUAA